UGGGUCUUGAUCAUUGUUCAUGUGAGGUGAUAACGGGCCAUAUUUCCCUAUCCCAGUCACAGGACAUACCGUCACCACAGCAGCAGUAAAGCUUAGCCUUCAUACCCUUCACAAUACCAGUAGAUUUCAUACAUAUAUAUUGAUAUAAUAAGGGAAGUGUUCCUACAAACAAGGAGGACUACAUCCAAGUGUGACUGAAUCAUGAGGAUAAGUGUUUUCUGCUCAGCAGCUGUCUGUUUACUUUUGUUCUCAAGAUCAGACUCAUGCAAUGUGGAAAUAAUUACCACAAGAUCACCCACCAAUGUCAGUUCCCCCGGCUACCCCUAUAACAACUAUCCGAGUCAACUCAAUUGCUGGUGGAGGAUUGAUGCCAGUAACGAAGCCAACAGCGUUAUUGUGAGGGUCCUGGAUUCUUCUAUCGAACAAUCAACAAAUUGCACUUACGAUAGUCUGUCAUUUUAUGAUGGGACAGACUCUACAGGCUCUCCUCUUGGGCGACUGUGUGGGCGGAAGCUCACCACCGUGAUGAGUUCUGGUAGAUCCAUCUUUAUCGUGUUUAAAACCGACGGCAGUGACCAGCUCAAAGGCUUCCUUCUUGAGUUUUCUGAAACAACAAGAUGCGGAGGGGAGCUGACAGCAACACCUGACGAAACAACAUUUCUGUCACCUGGCUUUCCUUAUCAGUACGUCAAUAAUAUGAUGUGCACGUGGAACUUCUCGGCCGAGAAUGAAAAUGAUACAAUAGUUAUGACGUUUCACGAAAUGGAUGUGGAGACAGGGGAAGGUUGUGGCUAUGACUCAGUUUCCGUCUACAACGACCACACAAACGACAACGAACAGCUGCUCGGACACGUCUGUGGCACUACCAUACCUUUUCUUCAGAGUUCCAAAAACAAAAUGAGGAUUGAUUUCAAGAGUGAUACUGCCACAGUCGGGAAAGGAUUUUCUCUAAAAUUCAAGACGGUUGAAGCUGGCGUUUGCAACCUGACAAUGCUAACUGACACAACCCCGCUGUAUUUCGUAUCACCUGGAUACCCGGAUGCAUAUGAUAAUGACUUGGAAUGUGCGUGGGUAAUCGUGGCAUAUGGUGGCAAGUCUGUUCAACUUGACGUCAUCGACUCAGAAAUUGAGGGCACCUACCCGUCAUGCAGCAAUGACUCAGUGACUGCUUAUGACGUUGUUAACAACGAUGAACUGGGAAGGUUUUGUGGCAAUAAGACACCAACAUACCGAUCAGCAGGCCCGAUGACAGUGGAAUUUAAGACAGAUGAUGUGAUUGUAGACAGGGGCUUCCGUAUCAAGUACAUGAGUGUCCAAACUCCAGUGAAGUGUGGUCCUGCAUCUCUGUCCGCCCUUACAGGGCCCCAGUACCUUCAAUCCCCCGGAUAUCCUGUCUCUUAUGCAAAUAAUGAGCAAUGUAUUUGGACGAUGACGGCAGUUUCGUCAAGUUACAUGGUCAGAAUCGUCGUACUUGAUUCCAUUCUUGAAGGUGGACAGGGUUGUCCCUAUGACUUCGUGAAAGUUUACGAUGGCACUGACAUAAGUUCACGUGUGAUAGCAAUAUGGUGCAAUACAAUGGAACCUACACUACAGAGCUCUGGACAGGCAAUGACACUCGAGUUUCAAACAGACAGCUCCAAUACAUUCAGGGGCUUCAGACUCAAGUACUUUCAAACAAGUGCUCAGUUAUCCUGCGGAGAUGAUCUGAGUGCCCUUUCAUACGACCAGUAUCUAACAUCCCCAGGCUAUCCAAUGGACUAUCCACCGAACAAGGACUGCACAUGGAGCAUCACUACAGAUUAUACAAGGAUCAAGAUUAAUGUCAUUGAAACUGACAUUGAAUACUCCUCCACAUGUACAUAUGACUAUGUUAAGGUCUAUGAUGGACAAAGGUCGUCAUUAAUAGGGAAGUUCUGCGGGACUCAGACACCUACCUUCUACAGUUCAGGUUCGGUUGUCACCAUAAUGUUCCACUCAGACAGCUCACAGACUGGCAAAGGCUUCAAGUUAGCAUAUACAGGGGGAGAUGAUUUCAGACCAUGUGGUUCAAGUGAUCUCACUGCAUACACGUAUGCGCCAAGCUACCUUAACUCGCCAAACUACCCGUACAACUACCCAAACAACGCUGGCUGUUCAUGGUCAAUCGACACUGGUGACUCUGACCUCGUGGUGUAUGUUGAUGUCAUUGCUUCGGACGUGGAGUUCUCUUACUCUUGUUCUUACGACUACUAUGAAUUUUUUGACGGUUCUUUUGACACCGACACAUUACUGGGAAAAUAUUGCGGCAGCAGUCUCCCCACAAAGCACAGCUCCGGACAAUACAUGUUAAUAAAAUUCCACUCUGAUGGCUCCAACACAGGCACAGGUUUUAAACUGUCGUACCAAGCCAAGGAGCGCGACAGCUUUCCAGAUCUUGACCCCGUCAAUUUCGGUGCCAUUAUCGGAGGUUCCAUCGGUGGGUUCGUCCUCAUCGUUAUUAUCUGCGUCCUAAUAGGAGCAGCCAACAAAAGGAAUCAACGACCAACGACCACUCAAGUCCGAGAAAACAACAUACACAGUAUCAGUCAGGGUCCCUAUGAAACUACAGUUGCUCCAGCCACCUUUCAGCCACCCCCUCCAUAUGCGCAGGUGGUCAGCCCCCCUCCCUACCCCCAGCCUGUUGCUGCGAGUGACAGCGCACCAAUCGUAACCCAAGUACGUGACUGGAUAAGUUUUUUCUGCUCAGCAGUUGUCUGUUUAGUGUUGUUAUCAAGAACAGAAUCUUGCAAUGUGGAAAUAAUUACAACAAGGACACCGUCCACUGUCAGGUCCCCUGGUUAUCCUUCUGUUGCCUAUCCGAGUAACCUAAAUUGCUGGUGGAAGAUCGAUGCUAGUAACAAAGACAACAGCGUCAUUGUGAAGGUGGCGGAUUCUUACAUCGAAACAUCACCAAAUUGCACUUAUGAUAGUCUGUCAUUUUAUGAUGGACCAGACUCGACAGGCACUCCUCUUGGGCGACUGUGUGGGAGGAACCUCACCACCGUGAUGAGUUCUGGUAGAUCCAUCUAUGUCGUGUUUAAAACCGACGGCAGUAACCAGCUCAAAGGCUUCCUUCUUGAUUUUUAUGAGACAACAAGAUGUGGAGGGGAGCUGACAGCAACACCUGAAAAAACAAACUUACUCUCACCUGGCUUUCCUUAUCAGUACUUGAAUAAUAUGGACUGUACGUGGUUCCUUACAGCCGAGAAUGAAAAUGAUACAAUCGUAGUGGAUUUUGAACAACUGCAGGUGGAAAGUGGACUACUUGGUUGCCCCUUCGACUCUGUUUCCGUUUACAACGAUCACCAAAAAGACAAUGAACAAUUCCUUGGUCAGUUCUGUGGAACAUCUACACCUACCGUCCAAAGCUCAAGAAACAAAUUACGGAUCGAUUUCAAGACUGAUGUAGCCAGGGUAGAGAAGGGAUUUUCAUUGUACUACAAGACGAUAAAAGCGGGAGACUGCAAUCUGACAAUGCCGGUAGACUCUACUCCUAUCUACUUCGUAUCACCCGGAUACCCAGAUGCAUAUGAAAAUGACUUGGAAUGCGUGUGGCAGAUGGUGUCACCAGAUCAGCUGUAUAUUCAGGUUGAUGUCAUCGAUUCAGAAAUUGAAGGAACCUAUCCAUUGUGUGGUAAUGACUCAGUAACUGUUUAUGGAGGGAAAGGUCUCAAGACCUUUGAACUUGGGACAUUUUGUGGCAAUUCCACCCCAUCAUACAGAUCGAACGACGGGGCAAUGACGGUUUCAUUCACGACAGAUAAUGUGGAUGUUGGCAAGGGCUUCCGUAUUAGAUACAAGAGCGUCAAUGCUCCAGUUACUACCGUCUCCCCAUCACCUCAUCCUCAAUGCGGUUCCACGGCUCUGUCUGCCGCACCACGUGACCAGUACUUGCAGUCCCCAGGUUAUCCUGUCUCGUAUGCAAACAACGAACAAUGUGUUUGGACAAUAACGGCAAUGUCGUCAACCUACUACGUCAGAAUCGUCGUCUUAGAUUCCGUACUAGAAGGUGGAAGUGGAUGUCCCUACGACUUUGUUAAGGUUUUUGAUGGAAGCAGUAUACAUUCACGUGUGUUACAAGUGUGGUGCAAUAUAAUGGAGCCUACAGUACAGAGCUCUGGGCACGCAAUGACUCUGAUGUUUAAAUCCGACACCUCUAACACAUACAAGGGUUUCCGGCUCAAGUACUUUGAAACAAACAUUUACCCAACGCCUUCUCCUCAAUGCGGCCCCGCAGCCCUGGUUGCCACAACAGCUUACAAGUACCUUCAGUCCCCAGGAUACCCGACAGCUUAUCAAAACAAUGAGCAAUGUGUUUGGACGAUGACAUCAUCACCAAACAACAUCAUCCAAAUCAUUGUGGAAGAUUCCCAUUUGGAGGGUGGAACUGGAUGCCCAUAUGACUUUGUAAAGGUUUUCGAUGGUAAUAGCACAUCUUCACGGAUGAUACGAGUUUGGUGUGACACGACGAAACCUACAGUGCAGAGCUCUGGGCGGUAUCUGACACUCAUGUUUAAAACUGACAACUCUAAUACGUACAAGGGUUUCAGACUGAAGUAUUUUGAAACAGCUGCCUCUCCGUCGCCUGUACCUCAAUGCGGCACCUCAAGUCUAAUGGCCAUGACAUCCGACCAGUACCUUGAGUCCCCAGGAUAUCCUGUAGCUUAUCCAAACAAUGAUCAGUGUGUCUGGACGAUAAGGGCAUCCUCGACAGGCAACGUCGUCAAAAUCGUUGUACAAGAUUCAGUUUUAGAGGGAGGAAGUGGAUGCCCCUAUGACUCAGUUAAAGUAUACGAUGGUAGUAGCACAUCUUCACGGAUGAUACAAGUUUGGUGUGAUACGAUGACUCCAACAGUGCAAAGCUCUGGGCUGUAUCUGACACUCGUGUUUAAAACCGAUAACUCCAAUACAUACAAGGGUUUCAAACUGGAGUAUUUUGAAACAGCUGUAGCUCAGUGCGGCACCUCAGAUCUGACAGCCCAAAUAUCCGAUCAGUACCUUCAGUCCCCAGGAUAUCCUGUCGCUUAUCCAAAUAACGAGCAAUGUGUUUGGAGAAUAAUGGCUUCCACGUCAAGCUACUUCGUCAAAAUCGUUGUUCUAGAUUCAGAUCUGGAGGGCGGAAGUGGAUGCCCCUAUGACUCAGUUAAAGUAUACGAUGGUAGUAGCACAUCUUCACGGAUGAUACAAGUUUGGUGUGAUACGAUGACUCCAACAGUGCAAAGCUCUGGGCUGUAUCUGACACUCGUGUUUAAAACCGAUAACUCCAAUACAAACAAGGGUUUCAAACUGAAGUAUUUUGAAACAGCUGUAGCUCAGUGCGGCACCUCAGAUCUGACGGCCCAAAUAUCCGAUCAGUACCUUCAGUCCCCAGGAUAUCCUGUCGCUUAUCCAAAUAACGAGCAAUGUGUUUGGACAAUAACGGCUUCAACGUCAAGCUACUUCGUCAAAAUCGUUGUACUAGAUUCAGUUCUAGAGGGAGGAAGUGGAUGUCCGGAUGACUUCGUUAAAGUAUACGAUGGUAGUAGCACCUCUUCACCGAUGAUACGAGUUUGGUGUGAUACGACGACACCUACGGUGCAGAGCUCAGGUCGGGAUAUGACACUCAUGUUUAAAACUGACAACUCUAACACAUUCAAGGGGUUCAGACUCAAGUACGUCGAAGCAACUGGUUCUUGCGGAGGGCAACUGAGUGCAUUGUCGUAUGACCAGUAUCUGCAGUCGCCAGGGUAUCCUGAGAACUAUCAAAACAACAUGAAUUGUGUCUGGACCAUCACCACUACUAUGUCAGACAUCAAGAUUAAGGUCGUCGACUCCGACAUCGAACACAGCGCUUCAUGCAACUAUGACUACGUCACAAUCUAUGAUGGAUCCAGCACGGAUUCAACUGUACUUGGGACAUUCUGUGGGACACAGAAACCAACCUACGUCAGUUCUGGUACAGCUGUCACCAUUAUGUUCCAUUCAGACAACUCUAACACAUUUAAAGGCUUCAGACUUUCCUAUACAGGCGGAACGUUCACUCCGUGCGGUGAAGAAGAUCUCGUGGCAUACUUGUCUUCUUCAAGCGACCUCACAUCACCAAACUACCCCUCCGAUUACCCAAACAAUGCUGAUUGUUCGUGGACAAUAAAUACAGAGGAUCCUGACUACGUGGUGAACGUUGACGUCAUUGCUUCGGACAUAGAAUAUUCUCCCAGUUGUUCCUACGACUACUAUGAGUUGUUUGAUGGAUCUGAUGACACCUCCACCUCACUAGGGAGAUAUUGCGGCAGCAGUCUUCCGACAACGCACAGCUCCGGACAAUAUAUGUUCAUCAAAUUCCACUCCGAUAAUUCCAACACAGGAACAGGAUUUAUAAUUUCGUACCAAGCCGAGGACCGUGACGACUUUUCAGAUCUUGACUCCCCUGAUAUCGCUGCCAUUGUUGGAGGAUCCAUCGGUGGGUUCGCCUUCAUCAUUAUUAUCUGCAGUAUUAUAGCAGCAGCCACCAAGAAGAAAUCUCGGCCAACUGUCAACCAAAUUCGCAACGAAAACAUUUACAGUGUCAGUCAGGGUCCCUAUGAAACUACAGUUGCUCCAGCCACCUUUCAGCCACCCCCUCCAUAUGCUCAGGUGGUCAGCCCCCCUCCCUACCCCGAGCCUGUUGCUGCGAGUGACAGAGCACCAAUCGUAACCCAAGUACACGAUUGAGAUACAUAACAUUGAAUAAUCAUUGAACAGCAAUAUAUACAGAUCCAAGUGAAAGUUAUUUCGUAAAAGGUUAUUUUCGAUGAAAUGAAGAUUAAUAAAGGAUGUUGUCUUACUUUGGGAAGCAUACUGAAAUAGUUGUAAUGAUUAUGUUAUCUAUGUAAAAUUUGGGUUCAUUUUCGUUGAUAUGAAGAAAAAGAAAGUUGUCUUGCAAACAUGCACAUAAUGAUGCUUGUUUUGCUGAUGUUAUAUAAAUAAAAUGUGAGUUCCUUGUUUGAUC